AUGGCUCGGAAAGGCAGCCGGAAGGUCAGAACCGGAUGCUACACGUGCAAAGUGCGAAAGGUCAAAUGCGACGAGACCAAACCCAAAUGCCUCAAAUGCGCCAAUACCGGCCGCAGGUGCGACGGCUACCCGGCCCCGCUCGGGUCCGAACUGCGGCCCCUCCAGCCCCAGGCAAUUAGCAUAUUUCCCGGCGUCAACAGCCAGAUCGAAAACCGCGCUAUCCAGUUCUUCUGCGAGAUGGCGGGGCCGAACUUACCAGGCGCGACAGAUCCUUUCUUCUGGACACACCUGGUCAUGCAGUUCAGCAGAUUCGAGCCGGCCGUGCGACAUUCUCUCAUCGCGAUCAGCUCUCUCUACGAAGACGUGAGCCAAACGAGAACGACACCGACUUGGCAGAGAAGUCACACGCUGCAAGAUAACAACCUGGCACUGACACACUACAAUUCCGCAAUCAAAGAAAUCGUAAACAUGGAAGAUCAAGGUCUGGUGCUGCUUGUGUGUGUUCUCUUCAUCUGCAUAGAGCUUCUGCAGUUGAAUCGAGAGGCGGCCCUGCGGCACUGCACACAUGGUACCGCCAUACUGAAGUCGUUUGAGAACACCUCGUAUCAUUGGGUGAGGGAGUGGUUGACGCCACUCUUUCGGCGUCUAACGACGUUACAUUAUUUCUUUGGGGACAGGGUGGAGUUGCCAGAUCUGAGCACUUUGUCCAUAGAGCCGCCGACGCUCUUCUCCGACUUUAACGAAGCAGAAGCAAUGGUGGACGAUAUUUUCAAUCAGUCCUUCCAAUUAAUUCGUCGCGGCUAUCCAUACCGCACAGGCGAUAAACGUCACCAUCAGCCGACUUCCGACCUUGUUAAAGAACAAAAGAGUAUUCAACAUCGACUCGACAGGUGGUACACCAUGUUCACCAACCUCGACAACAGGUCGACAUCACCAGAAGACAUGAUAAGAGGUAUCCCUAGAGUAUUCGCUCUAGCACGAUACCGCGUUUCUCGCAUAUGGUCUGCCAUGGCCCUCAACCCUUCUGAGAUGGACUACGACAACUUCGAAGACGACUUCCGCCAGUUGGUCCAAGAACUGUCAGAAUGGGCCGACGAACGCAUCAAGUACAGAAGUCGAAACAAUUUCGAGUUCGAGAUGGGAUUCAUACCUCUCAUCUCCUUCAUCGUCAUGAAAUGCCGUUACCUUGAUCUUCGGGUGGAGGCAUUGAAUUGCCUCAAGGUUCUGGCCGCACCGCGAGAGGCUCUCUGGCAAAAGGACGGCAUGUAUGCCUUGACUCGGCGGAUCAUCGAAGUAGAGCACGGGUUGAGCCUGGAUGCAAGCGGCAGGCUUGACUCGGAUGUUGACCCAACCUACCCUGGGCUACCCCCUGAGGAGGUGAGAGUUGCUCACGUGGUCACCGAGUUUCUAGGAGCAAGGGAUAACGAGUUUUACGGUAAUGAGGUUUGCGGAAAGAAAGUCGUCUUUCUUCUGAGGGGGCCUGGGGAUCAAGUAGUCUUCCGUCCGGAUGUUCUCGAAAACGAACCAGCCGUUCCACUGCCAGCUUGGAGCCCAGCAACCACCGAGGAGGAAGUCAUGUCACAGUAG